AUGAGUAUUACUUCUCUUCUUCAAAAUGGAGUUCCUGUUGUUGAAUCCACUUUGUUGCAAAAACAACCCAACUUACCAAAUGAGUUCUUGUGGCCACAUAAAGAUUUAGUCAGUUUUCACACCCAAGAAGAGCUACAAGAGCCAUUGAUAGACCUAAAAGGAUUCAUGGAAGGCGACGAGGUAGCAACGGCUCGUGCCGUGGAGUUUGUGAAGGAUGCUUGUUUGAACCAUGGCGUCUUUCAAGUCAUUAACCAUGGAGUUGAUCAGGAUAUCAUUAACGCGGCUCACCAAGAAACUGAUGCCUUUUUCAAGCUUCCUUCGGAGAAAAAGCUAAGAGGUAAGAGGAAACCAGGUGAGGCUUAUGGACAUUCUGGUGCCCAUGCAGAGAGAUUCUCUUCUCGGUUGCCUUGGAAAGAGACAUUGUCUUUUGAGUACCAUAACAAUGAUGACUCCAAGCUUGUUGUGGUUGAUUACUUCAAAUCCGCCUUUGGAGAAGACUUUGAACACUCUGGGAGUGUUUAUCAGAGAUAUUGUGAAGCCAUGAAGACAUUGUCUCUUGCACUCUUUGAGCUAUUGGGGAUGAGUUUGGGAGGUGAUCGUUUGCACUACAAGAAGUUCUUUGAGGAUAGUUGUUCUAUAAUGAGGUGUAACUACUACCCUCCUUGCAAUGAUUCAAGCCACACCUUUGGGACUGGUACUCAUACAGACCCAACAUCCUUAACCAUACUUUACCAGGACCAAGUUGGUGGCCUUGAAGUUUUUGCCAACAAUAAAUGGCAAGCAGUCAAACCUAUUCCUGAUGCCCUAGUCAUCAACAUUGGUGAUACCUUCAUGGCACUGUGUAAUGGGACAUACAAGAGUUGCUUACACAGGGCAAAGGUGAACAAGGAGAAAGAGAGGAUAUCAUUAGCAUUUUUUGUGUGCCCAAAAGGGGAUAAAGUAGUGAGACCCCCACAAGAUCUUGUUUGCAGACAAGGAACAAGAAAGUACCCAGAUUUCACAUGGUCAGAAUUUUUGGAAUUUACACAAAAGCAUCAUAGAGUUGAUGGUAGUGAUACAUUGCAAAUAUUCACUGAUCGAUUGGCUUCAAACCCCCAAACCAACAAUCCAAUAUGUCAAACCUUCUAGUCCUGGUUCUGCUGCUGCUGCUGUUUGAUGCUUCCUUCCUUGUCAUUUGUAUCUCUACUUGCGUAUUUAUGCAUGCAAGUAAUUUGGACUGAAAAAAAAGGAUUUCUUAGUGAUUAUCAAUGCUGUAUUCCAAUAGACAAAAUAAAUAUAAAAUA